AUGACGACGCCCAACGACGCCAAGAACUACGUCAACGACGCGGGGCAGAUCCAGUGGGGUGCCAUCCCGCUCAACGCUGCCCUCGACAAGCUCAAGGCGACCCGCGAGGGUCUCUCGACCGCGGAGGCCGAGAAGCGCCUCAUCGAGCACGGCCCCAACGCCUUGCCCAAGAACGAGGUCAACCGCCUCAUGGUCUUCCUCGGCUUCAUGUGGAACCCGCUCUCGUGGGCCAUGGAGGUCGCCGCCGUCCUCUCCAUU